UUCCUCCCCAAUUCUUCUUCCGUGGAUCUGAUUCAACUUCAAUCGGUUGCAAUUAGUGAAGAAUUUUGAUUCUUCUUCAUUUUCGCCUUAGAGUUUUGUUUAAUUCGGGGCAAAUCAACAGAGAGAUCAGGAGGUUAUCAACCAUCUUGAAGAAAUACUCAUGAGUGCUGUAAAUCUAACCAACGUUAGUGUACUAAACAAUCCAGCCCCCUUUCUCAGCCCUUUUCAGUUCGAAAUCUCGUACGAGUGCUUGCUUCCCCUUAAAGACGAUUUGGAAUGGAAGCUAACUUAUGUGGGAUCUGCUGAGGACGAAACCUAUGACCAGGUCCUCGAAAGUGUGCUGGUUGGGCCCAUUAACGUUGGCAACUAUCGAUUUGUCUUUGAGGCAGACCCUCCAGACGCCUUGAAAAUCCGUGAAGAGGACAUAAUAGGUGUUACGGUCCUGCUAUUGACGUGCUCUUAUCUGGGACAAGAAUUUGUUCGAGUAGGAUACUAUGUAAACAAUGAUUACGAGGAUGAACAUUUGAGAGAGGAACCUCCACAGAAAGUAUUGAUGGAUAAAGUUCAGAGAAAUAUUUUGGCAGACAAGCCUCGAGUCACAAAGUUCCCAAUCAAUUUUCACCCCGAGAAUCUUGAGCAAUCGGAUCAUCCCCAUGAUUCGCCUGAUAUUGCAGCCGAGCAAGAACAACCCGACUUUUCACCUAAUCAUGCUUCUGAAACUUUGUUGGGUCAAGAAGUGAAUCCUGCGAAUUGUGAAACGAAAACUGAACAUCUGCCUGCUCUGCUGUCUACUUGAAGAUCCAGAUUCUUGGAUGAUCUUGAGCAUACCGGUUAACGGGCUUCUGGUUCGAGUUUGAUGGUUAAAUUUGUUUUCGUAUUGUA